UAACCAUCGACACUCAGUGAUGGCAGCUUCCUUGUGAGCAUGUUUGUGUGCAGGCUCUCUGUGCGCUGUUCAUUCUUUACGAACGCUCUCUCGUUUGUUGCGUUGCAGAGAUGGCGGGGAAUUCACGGUCGUCAUGCGUCUACUUCAAGGCGAUUGUUCUGCAGACGUUCAGAGUGCACAGAAAUCUUCGCAUCAAUUACAAAUGGUGAUGUUGCCCACUCCCGAGCCACAAGUGGAGAGGCGCAUAAGCCAAAUGGAGGCCAGUUAUCACAAGCACCGACUCCUGCCGCCCUCGGAAGCAUGUUCUCAUGCCGGACUCACACUUGUGGCGACCUGCGACCAGAGAACGCUGGCCAGCAGGUGACGCUGUGUGGCUGGCUGGCCUUCAAGCGCAUGGAUCGGUUCUUGCUCCUCAGGGACGCCUAUGGUAUAACCCAGGUUUUGCUUCCUGAUGAAGGGGCUGAGUCAGCAAGAGCCCAGCUAGAGUGCCUGCCGCUCGAGUCUGUGGUGCAAGUGAUGGGCCGUGUGGUGUGCAGGCCCCCUAACCAGUGCAACCCGAAACUGAGCACAGGGCAGGUGGAAGUUGUGUGCCAGCAGCUGCAGCCAUUGAACAAGGCACGGGCUGACCUUCCUUUCCUGCCCAGAGAAUACCAGCAGAAGCGGGAACCGCUGCGGUUGCGCUACCGGUAUCUCGACCUGCGCUCCAAGGAAAUGCAGCAAAGGCUGCGGUUUCGCUCGGACCUUCUUCUACGGAUGCGACAGUUCCUGGCGCAGCAGUGCGGUUUUGUGGAAGUGGAGACACCAACAUUGUUUAAGAGAACUCCUGGAGGUGCUCAGGAGUACGUCGUGCCCACUAGAUUCCCAGGACAGUUCUACGCGCUCGUUCAAAGCCCACAGCAGUUCAAGCAGCUGCUGAUGGUGGGCAGCCUGGACCGGUACUUUCAGGUGGCUCGCUGUUACCGGGAUGAGGGAGCACGCCCUGACAGGCAGCCCGAGUUCACGCAGCUGGACUUGGAGAUGUCAUUUGCCACUGCAGAAGACGUCAUGCAGCUCACGGAAUCCCUGCUUGUAGCCGCUUGGCUUCGGCCGCCUCUGGCUGCAAAGCAUAAGCAAGAGCCGGAUCGAGAAGGUGCGUUCUGCUUGCAGAAGCCAUUUCCAAUCAUGACAUACGCUGAAGCGGUGCAGCGGUACGGCACUGAAAAGCCUGACCUGCGACUGACUGGCAUGCUGCUGCACGAUGUGACCAGUGUGCUACGUGCUGAGACAUCACUUCACCUUCCUGGUGCUUUGGCAAGUGCCACAUCUAUGCAGGGCAGCUCGGUCCAAGCGAUUGUGGUGCCUCAGGGAGCAGGAACUGGCUGCUUGCAUCAACAGUACCACAUGGUUUUGCGCAAGGAUUCAGCAGCAGUAGUAAUGCCAGCGCGGCGCGUACCAUUGGCACUGCGAGGACCACUACGAGAUGAGCUCGACUGGAUGGAAAGAGGCGGCAUCAUAGAUGUCAACGCGCCAACAUACUGGGGUGUGUUGCGGAGACGCCACCUGGAGGCAUUCAAGACAAUGGCCAAACAGCAGCUGCAAUUUCAGGGAACCAUUGUAGAGGUGCCUGUUCCUGGGACUGGCUCUGAGAACAAGAAGAAGCAGUUGCUGUCACCUGCGACAGUGGGGCACCUUGCAGGCCUGCUGGGUGCCCUCCCAGGAGACUCCCUUCUCCUCGGCGCUGGCAGCACGGACUCUGCCCGAGAAGUGCUGGGACGCCUGCGACUGGAGGUGCAUGAGCUGUUGUGUGAGAGUGGUCUGGCUCAGCAACUCUCUCCCGACGACUUCCGUUUUGUCUGGGUCAUGGACUUCCCCCUUUUCUGCCUCGACAGAGAUGGGUCCGUCAAGUCCAAUCAUCACCCAUUCACUGCACCUCACCCAGAUGAUGCCCAUAUGCUGCAUACGGAACCACUAAAGGUCAGGGGUCAGCACUAUGACCUUGUUCUCAAUGGCUGGGAGGUGGCAGGAGGUUCGAUUCGCAUUCAUCAUGCUCAAACGCAGAGAUAUGUGCUCAGAGACAUCUUGCAGGAAGAUGACCGGGAGUUGAGCCACCUCUUGGAAGCUCUUGACUCGGGAGCACCUCCUCAUGGUGGCAUUGCCCUUGGGUUAGACAGAUUGGUAUGCAUAGCCUGUGGAGCACCUAGCAUACGGGAUGUGAUUGCCUUUCCAAAGUCGGCAGAAGGUCGUGACCUGAUGGGUGGUUCACCCUCACCCAUCAGUGCACAUGAGAGGCAGCUCUACCACUUGGGCUUUGCACCAGCAUAAACCUGCAAUGAGUACACGUCAGAAAUAUUGUCGGCGGAGAAAGGCAGGGGACCAAACCUGGGGAAGGAGGACUUCAAAGAAGAAGAUUGACUAGCCACAAGUGAAGGAGGAUGCACUUAAGGCUGAGGUUGCCGUACUUUAGUUACUUCAAUAAAAUUAUUGGGAAAUGCCCA